AUGACCACCUCCACUGCUGCUGCCGCUAAGAGUGCCUAUCGGCAACUCCUCCGGUCUACCCGGGUUGUCUUCCACAAUGAUCUCCCGGUCCUCAUCGCAGCGCGCCAGGAAGCGCGCCAGAACUUUGAGAAGAACCGUCGCCCCGCUGUGGACACUGGAAUGCAAAUUAACCAUGCGAUCGAGGUUGCAAAUAUCCUGCGCCACAACAUCGUCCAAGGCUCCAGGGAGCAGGGAGACGAAACUGCUAAGUGGGAACUCAAUAUCCACGACCAGAUCGAACGCGGUGAUAACGACUCUAUCAAAGUCGGCAAUCUGGAUGUGAAGAUUCAUAAGGCUUGCUCGUCAUGA